AUCAAUGGAUUAGUUUCUCCAACCUCUUUCAUCUCUUCUAAGCAACCUACCCAAACAACAUUACAUAAACCUAAAUCUCUCCUCAUACAUUUAUAGCAAAUCAUCUCUUGCUUUAAGCACACACUCUCACACACAAAAUCAGAGCGUUUCUCCCCGUCCUCUAUUCUGUUUGUACUUUUGGUCUCACUUUAAAGAUCAAAUCCGUAAAUUCAAGUUUAGAGAUUUUUUGCAGAGAACGAUAUGUUGGAAAGUCUUGUCUCUCUAGAAAGCAUGUCCUUGAGCUCCAUGGAUGUGUCUGUACUUGAAAGGCUUAAAUGGCUGCAACAACAACAACAACAAGUUCUGAGCACUACUAAUGCUUCACCUGAACUUCUUCAGUUCCAUGGAACCAACAAUGAUGAGUUGUUGCAGAAUACCUUUAGCCAUUUUCAAAUGCUUGGAUCUGGUUUUGGACCAAACUAUAGCAUGGGUUUUGGUCCUUCACAUGAAGCUAUGGAUGGCUGCAUUUCAAGAACAAAUAGCUGCCAGAUGGAUCAAGCCGAUACAGUGGGGGUAAUGUUGAAGAACAGUGAAGAAAACAUAACUAUUUCCUUGAAAAACAAGAGAAAAUCAGAGGUUAAGACAAGGGAAGAGGAAAAGACAGAGAAGAAGAUCAAAGUAGAGGCUGAGACUGAGUUAAACAUGAAAGUAAAAUCAAACUUGAGUAACACGGAAGCAUCUUCAGAAACUUCAAAGCAGAAAUCAAAGGCAGCUUCAGAGAACCAGAAAUUGGAUUAUAUCCACGUGAGAGCUCGUCGAGGCCAAGCAACCGACAGACACAGUUUAGCAGAAAGGGCAAGAAGAGAAAAGAUCAGCAAGAAGAUGAAGUAUCUGCAAGAUCUUGUCCCUGGAUGCAACAAAGUCACUGGAAGAGCUGGUAUGCUUGAUGAGAUAAUUAAUUAUGUUCAAUCUCUCCAGAGGCAAGUUGAGUUCUUGUCGAUGAAACUGGCUGUCCUAAACCCAGAACUCGAGCUUGCUAUGGAGGACUUAUCUGUAAAACAGUUUCAGGCGUACUUUACAAAUCUUCCUGUAGUAGUUGCUUCAAAGCCAUCACUAAUGGUUGAUGCGCCAUUGUUUCCGCUGGAUCAGCAAGGAUCUCUAGAUUUAUCAGUGAUAAACCCGAACCAAGCAACAACUAUUGAAGCUCCAUCUGCAAGCUGGGAAACUCAAUCACAGAGUCUCUACAACACAUCUAGCCUCGGAUUUCAGUACUAAGAAAAUAUUCAUUGAAGCAAUGAAGUUGACAUCAUCAGGAUCAGAUUCAGAACCAUAUUCUACUUUAUAUGCGGAUAAAAGGGACAACUACGUGUUCAUGGAAUAUUUUUCAGCUUUUGCAUUAUCUUUUGAUCCUUGUUUUCUGAUAUUUAAACCAGAAGAACUGGAGACAGCAAUUUAAUGGUCUUGUCACCAUCAAUCUUUGUAUAAAUCUUGGUUUAUAAGAUAAUAUAUAGAGAGAGAGAGGAAAAGAGUAAAUAAACA